AUGGAGCCCCCUUUAAGCAAGAGGAAUCCAGCGAUAAGAUUAGCGGAUUUGGCAGCGACUCAACCCCUUCCUCAUCAGAAUAUGACAGGCUUCCCGGGGCUAGGGGGGCAUCACCCUCUCUCCCACCAUGCCCACCUCCACCCUGGGGAGCUGGGCAACGACCCCGGAGUGGCACUCACUCCAUUUGGACCCGAGCACAUGGCACAGACAAAUGCUCUCAAACUUAGCCCAUCUCAGCACAUUCAGAGCCAUCCCGAAGCCCAGACCGCGGCAUCCUUCACUUCUGCUCAGACCACAGUUGGUUUCCCCGUGGCUCACCCCCACUCAGGCUACUCAAGCAGCAGGGACUUCAUCCUCAGGAGAGAACUCUCAGCCUCUGCUAUGCAUGCACUUGGCGACCAGCAUAGUUCCGCCUCCUCCCCUCAUCACCAUGGCAUGUUCAUCUCCCCAACAGGUGCUUAUGGGCACGCGGAAAGUGGGGCCCAUUCACUUUUUACUGGACUUCACGACCAAGCGUCCCAAGGUGCCCACCACCAUGCCCUCAACGGGCAGAUGCGCCUGGGUAUACCGGGGGACAUCUACGGCAGGCCAGAGCACUUCGGGCACAGGCCAGAGCACUAUGGACCCUCUUCUCUCCACAGCUACAACUCCAUGAACCUCAAUGUGAACCUCGCUUCUGCUCCUCACGGAGCGGCGGGGGCGUUUUUAAGAUACAUGCGGCAGCCCAUCAAGCAGGAGCUGAUCUGCAAGUGGAUUGACCAGGAGGUGAGUCAGAAGAAGCCCUGCUCCAAGACGUACAGCACCAUGCAUGAGCUGGUCAACCACGUCACGGUGGAGCACGUCGGGGGACCGGAGCAGAGCAGCCACGUCUGCUUCUGGGAAGAGUGUCCACGGGAAGGAAAGGCGUUCAAGGCGAAGUACAAACUGAUCAACCACAUCCGAGUUCACACGGGAGAGAAGCCGUUCCCGUGUCCCUUCCCGGGAUGUGGAAAAGUGUUCGCUCGCUCGGAGAAUUUAAAGAUUCACAAGAGGACUCAUACAGGAGAGAAGCCGUUCAAGUGCGAGUUCGAAGGCUGCGACCGAAAAUUCGCCAACAGCAGCGACCGGAAGAAGCACUCCCACGUCCACACCAGCGACAAGCCUUACUACUGCAAAGUGCGCGGCUGCGACAAGUCCUACACGCACCCGAGCUCGCUGCGGAAGCACAUGAAGGUGCACUGCAAGUCUCCGCCGCCCCCGUCCACCAACGUCACCUACAUCUCCUCCACGAACCCCCUGGGAGACCCCCUGUCUCCCCACUCCGACGCGCACAGGCACCGCUCCGCCAACCUCUCCCCUCAGGUCACCAACCUCAACGAGUGGUACGUGUGCCAGGGCAGCGGCGGUGGGCCCAACCACCUCCACACCCCCUCCAGCGACGUGCCCACCUCCGACUCGGACGAGGAGGACUCUUUCAGACACACAGACCCGAGGACGAUGCUCUGA